AUGUCUCACAAAGAUGCAGCUCUAGGUGUAUUUAUAGAUAUAGAAGGCAUAGAGAACACCAUUGUUAAAUGGAUUUGCGGUGUUAUUCUGGGAGGCAGAAUCACUACAAGCUCGAUUGGAAGUGCGAAGAUCAGCUCAAAUGCAGCUAGAGGCUGUUCUAUCGCCCUUGCUGUGGUGCCUAGUGCUGGAUGGGCUGCUUCGCACUCUGAACGAGGAAGGUAUGUACACUCAAGGCUACGCCGCUACGCGGACGAUCUUGUCAUCGUCGUAGCUCGAAAACCAGAAGCUUUAUCCAACUGCUCCAUUUCAAACCAAACAUCCGACUCAAUUUACAUCGAAUGCUCGGGAGGUUUUGAUGGUGGUUUACCACAAUUAUUUAUUCUAGAGGUAUAUGAGAUGCGACAUGAAAAAUUAGUGAGCAAUAUGACGUCAGAAAUGCCAGUAUUUGUGGUAAUGGGACUCGAGAGUGGCGCCUGCUUCGAUAUUAUUCUAUAUGCUGCUAAUAAAAAAGGACGGAGUUCUCUCACUCACCUUAUGGGGUUUACUUUAAGUGGGAUAGAAAAAAGCAGGGAUUUUUUCCCUGUCCUUCUACAGAUCACACCCCUACUUGGUAUCCUGGUAGGAGUCGUGGGCACCUUAAUAAUAAUAGCAGUUAUUAUUGUGAUAGUGUUAAGACUACGUGGAGGUGGUGGAAGGGAUGAUAAGACAUUUACCGACAGGGGCUUAUCGAUAGUCGGACGAAGUAUGACUGAAAUCAAUAAUGAUAAACACAGAACACAUAUCCUCACGGAUAGAAAAGAAAGCUUAAUGGACGGCGGGGCCUAA